AUGCACUUACCUUAUCCUAGCUGGGACGAGCAUUUGUAUGCCUUAAUCGACAGAUUUAGUGCUGAGUAUGAUGACCCCAUGGCUGAGCUUAAGUUGUUAUUUCUAACUGGAGCUGUGAAAGAUUACCAAGACCAGUUUGAUAGGUCCAUGAAUAGGUUAGCCUUGCCAAUGGAGUAUGCCAUCAAUUGCUUCAUAGCUGGUCUUAGGCCUGAAUACAAAGAUAAUGUCAAAGCCCACAAACCAAAUUCCUUACCUCAACUUACUACUUAUCCAUGUUCCAACGCACCUUAUAAACCUCCAGAAUCCAUCUCCCAGUGGAAUAAGGGGCAUAAAUGUAAGACCAAAAAACAGCUACUUUUAUUGGAACUGGAAGAAGGAAUGGAACUUGAAAGUGAGAAUCAACGGUUGUAUGUAAUGAAGGUUGAAGAGGUUCAAGAAGAGGAAGUCUGUGAGACCAGUAAGGAAGCUGAAGUGAGAGGAGAAGUUGAUCCUGUAACCAUCUCAUUGAAUGCACUCAAUAGGGUAACUGACUUCCACACCUUGAGGGUCACAGGCUACACUGAGAAAGGACCUGUCAGUGUGUUGAUUGACACAGGAAGUACUCACAACUUCCUUGAUAGUGAAGUAACUAAGUUAUUUGGAUGCCAAGUUCAAAGAGUAAAUCCUAAACUUGUUAGUGUUGCAGAUGGUGGCACUUUGUAUGCCGCUGAGCUAUGUAAGGGGUUGAUAUGGAUGCUACAAGGAACCACGUUCCAAACUGAUUUAUUGUGGAUGACCCUGGGAACAUGUGACAUGGUGUUAGGAGUGCAAUGGCUUCAAACUCUUGGAGAUAUCAGGAUGGAUUUCACCCAACUCACCAUGGAGUUCCAGCUUUAUGGAAAGAAGUACCUGCUACAAUGUGAUGAUGCUAGGCUCAAGACAGUGGAUGCUAUAGCCCUAGGAAAGAUGGCUGAAGGUAAAGCUCAAUUAUUCAUGGUGAGAGUCCUACCUACAGAGGAUUCUAAGGAAGCAAAGAUCUCUCAAUCUACGGGAAUAGAACCAGGAAUCAGGAACCUCAUAGAGGAGUACCAGGUUCUGUUUUCAGAACCUUCUGGGCUUCCACCCUCUAGAGUAUUAUUCGACCACAAAAUACCUUUAGAAGCUGGUAGCAACCCCAUUAACAUCAGGCCUUACAGAAAAAAGGAUGUUUCAUGGAGACUUUGUGUAGAUUACAGAGCUUUAAACAAAUCUACUACCAAAGACAAGUUCCCAAUUCAAAUCAUUGAAGAGUUGUUGGAUGAACUUGGUGGGUCUAAGGUGUAUACAAAAAUUGACCUCAGGUCAGGAUACCAUCAGACAAGGAUGGACCCUGCUGAUGUAGCCAAGACAGUAUUUAGAACUCACUCAGGCCACUAUGAGUACUUGGUGAUGCCAUUUGGGCUCACCAGUGCCCCUUCCUACUUCCAAGGCCUUAUGAACCACAUCUUCAAAGAAUACUUGAGAAAGUUCAUCUUAAUAUUCUUUGAUGACAUUCUAGUGUUCAGCAAAAGCAUGGAGGAGCACCUGCUAAGAGGGUUCUUGAGACUAGCUAGAUAUUACAGAAGGUUUAUACAAAGAUAUAGGGUGAUUAGCAAACCUCUCACUGAUCUCUUGAAUAAGGACAGUUUUCAUUGGAGUGAUAAGGCCACACCAGCCUUUGAAGCUCUAAAGACAGCCUUGGUCACUGCUCCUAAAUUGGCUUUGGCUGAUAGCUCUCAGCAGUUCAUAGUUGAGACUGAUGCUUGUGACAUUGGGAUAGAGUAG